AUGCCCAGGGUCAGAGGGACCCCGGGCAAAAAGAGUGUGUACUGGUGGACCGCGGAGAUUGGGGACCUCCGCACCGCCAGUACCGCGGCCCGGCGGGCCUACGGCCGAUGCCGCCGCAGGCGCCACACUCAAAGUGAGGAGAGAAGGCUCCACAGCGCCCUUCAGGGUGCGAGGCAGGCCCUGAAGGUCGCAAUAGGGCGGGCCAAGGACUCUGCGAAAGAGGAGUUCUUGGCCACCCUGGACGCGGACCCAUGGGGGAGGCCGUACAAAGUUGUGCGCAACAAAAUGUACGGCGCAUCUCCCAUGGAGUCACUGGAGCUGGAUCUCCUCAACCGGGUGGUGGAGGGCCUUUUCCCCGAACCGCAGCCCUUCAUCCCACCGGCCAUGGUGCCCCCCAGAGCAGACGGGGGGCAGACUGAGGAACCCCCCCCGGAAAUCACCGAGGGGGUGUUGGAGUGGGCGGUGGGACGGCUGCGGGGGCGGAAGAAGGCUCCCGGCCCGGACGGGGUACCGGGACGAGUCCUUCGCAUUGCCCUGAAGCAUCUCGGGACCCGCCUUAAGCAUCUCAUGGAUGACUGCUUGAGGACGGGGUUGUUCACGAGAUGCUGGAAGGAGGGAAGGCUCGUCCUGGUGCCCAAACCGGGCCGACCUGCGGAUUCCCCCUCUGGGUUCAGGCCCCUCGUCCUGUUGGACGAGGUGGCGAAGAUCCUGGAGCGAAUCAUGGUAGAAUGUAAUAUCCUUAAAGUGGCGGAAAAAGAUAUCGCACUGGAAUAG